GCACUUACAUAUAUUCACAUUAUUUUAGCCAGCUAGUUGUAGAAAUAUAAAAACUGUUUAAUGGUAUGGAAAGGUAUUUUUCAUGUUUUAGAUAUAUAAUAAGUAACUUUAAUAAGAAGCAUACAUAUGCUGCCUUUUUAUUCAGAGACUUUCAGUAUGAUGCUUUGUAUAUUUCGAGUUAUGACUAUAUUUUAUUUCAAUUCAGGAUUGGAGGAUGGAUCUUACACAGUUGUGUUCCUUUCUCCAGAGAUUCUAGACAGCAUUGACAAGUGGAGGUUCUUCCUGGAGAGCUCUGCCUAUACUGAUGCAGAAGCUAUGCUUGCAGUAGAUGAAGCUCAUCUGUUACAUUCAUGGGGAGAGGAGUUCAGACCAGCUUUCCGCAGAAUAGUAGAGCUGCGCAGUUUCUUCAGUGGUGCACCAGUAUUGGUACUAUCAGCAACAUGUACAAGUACAGUGCGCCAAUCUCUUCUACAAAAACUACAACUGUCAUCAGACAUUGAUGUGGAAUGGGAGGUUCCCAACAGGCCAAACAUACAUCUACAUAUCAAGAGUGAAGCAGGGAUGGAUUUAACAGCCAUGCAAUGGUGUUUUGAUGAAGUCAAAAGUAAGGGUCUGGCAGUGGAAAAAGCAGUAAUAUAUGUAAAUGGUAUAACUCAGAUGUCCCGAUUGGCGAUUGACAUUAUGGGGGAACUCGGACAGUCUGCAUAUGUUGGAAAUGAGAAAAUAUUCAAGAUGUACCAUUCCGGAAUGUCUAGGGCAGAUCUUGAUGGAAUUUUAGCAAGCUUUGCUGACCCUGAAUCAAAAAGCAGGUUUCUAAUUGCCACAAUUGCAUUUGGGAUUGGAAUUAACAUUCCAGACAUUCGUUUCAUUAUGCAUUGGGGUGCUCCCAAGACAGUGGAAGAUUAUUGGCAAGAGGUUGGUAGGGCAGGACGAGAUGGAAAACCAGCACAGGCUAAAAUGUAUGCCACAAAGGUAUCUUUAAUAAACUGUUCAAAAGAAAUACAGGGCCUUGUGAAAACUGACAGCUGUUACCGUCAAUACAUAUUGGAUUUAUUGUCUUUUACUCAGAUAUUUAAGGCACCAACCAAAUUGUUCAAUAAUGACAGAAAAUGUGAACAAUGCAAUUGUCCUGUUUGCUCAUGUUGCUCAAACUGCAAGAGACAGUGCCCAUGUUAUUUUACAAUCAGUUAG